GGAGGGAGCCUCUGCCGGAAACUCUGGGGGAGCGACUGCGGCCAGCGGUUGCACAGGGUGGCCUCCAAUGGGCGGACAGGUGAGCACUUCCGACAGCUUCCAGAGCCUGCCGUGCACCACAAAUGCGGACUGGAUGUCGGCACUGUGCCCAGUGCUCUGGGACGUGCCCCUCCACCAGCUCUCCAUCCCAGGAAGCCAUGACACCAUGACCUACUGCCUGAACAAGACAUCGCCCAUCUCCCAGACCCAGUCCCGGCUGCUGCAGCUCCUGGGCAAGGUCCUACCCUGCAUCACCCGCCCCGUGGUGCUCCGGUGGUCCACCACCCAGGUGCUGGGUGUCACGGAGCAGCUAGACGCGGGUGUGCGGUACCUGGACCUGCGGAUCGCACACAUGCAUGACGGCUCCGAGAAGAACCUGCACUUUGUGCACAUGGUGUACACGACGGCGCUGGUGGAGGACACGCUCACGGAGAUCUCUGAGUGGCUGGAGAGCCACCCCCGGGAGGUGGUCAUCCUAGCGUGCAGGGACUUCGAGGGCAUGACGGACGGCCUGCAUGAGUACCUGGUCGCCUGCAUCAGGAACAUCUUUGGGGACAUGCUGUGUCCGCGAGGGGAGGUGCCGACACUGAACCAGAUGUGGUCAUGCGGCCAGCAGGUCAUUCUGUCCUACGAGGAGGACAGCGUUGUGAACCGGCACGUGGAGCUGUGGCCUGGGAUCCCCUACUGGUGGGGCGACCAGGUGAAACCCCAGGAGCUCAUCCGCUACCUGGAAAGCAUGAAGAGCUGCGGCCGCCCAGACGGGCUGUUCGUGGCGGGCAUCAACCUGACGGAGAACCUGGCGUACGUCCUCGGGCACCCGACCGAGUCCCUCAGGAAGAUGACACUCCCCAGCCUGCCGUACCUCCGUGCGUGGGUCCGGGAGCAGUGCCCGGGGCCGGGCGCUCAGUGCACCAACAUCAUAGCGGGUGACUUCAUCGGGGCGGACACGUUCGUGGGCGACGUCAUAAGACUCAACGAGAAGUUGCUUCGAUGCUGACCCCUUCUGUAGCUCCCGUGGGGUGC